GAAAUGGCUAACGCGCCUCGUGGGUUGGUAGCUCUUUCCGCGACCCGAUCACGAAUACUCAGAUACCCACUACGACAAAGGUGCUGCUUUCCGCCUUUCUCACGAAAUACCGUUGCUAAUAGGCUGAGUAAUCUCCAUUAGCGCCAAUUCUCGGUUCUUUGCACCAGGCCUAGCUGGCACUGUCGCAUGAACCAUCGUCCUUCGACCAUCGUGCUUCAACCAUCUCCAAACCAGUCGCAACGAGGAUAUGCUAUCCUCCCACCAACUUGAUACACGAUAAUUCUUAUACCAAAUUGACUGCUGUCGAAGCAGCCUAGCGCCAAUCGCUACGAUGGCUUCGCAGACUUCGGAUCCGCAAAUAAACGGCGUGCCUUCCUCCUCAGCCGGCGCCUCCACCUCACAGACAGUCCCCAACACCCAAGUGACCGCCGCGGCGUCGGCAACAGGCUCGCAACCCCCGUCCCAGUCACAGCCGACCCAAUCCUCAUCUACCCAACAAGCGUCACAACAAGCACAGCUGCAGAAUUCGCAACAGCAAAACAGCUCACAGCAGCAGUCAACACCCCUCAACCCCAACGCCUCGGCCCCGCGGCCCCGCGAUGCCCGCAUGAUCGAACUUCUCCUCACUUCCCAGGGCGUCACAUCCUACGAGUCGCGCGUACCCCUGCUCCUCCUCGACUUCGCCUACCGCCACACCUCGAGCAUUCUCUCCGAUGCCAUAUACCUAUCGGCGGACCCCUACACCUCGCAGGCCGGCUCCAAGGCGUCCGCCUCGGGCUCUGGCGCCGGCGCGAUCCCUGGCGCUGGGGGCGAUGCGGCCGUCAGCGCAAACGCCGUGAAGCUCGCCAUCGCCGCGCGCUUAGGCUACCAGUUCCGCGGGGGCGGCGGCGCGGGCGGCGUGUCCAAGGACUGGCUGCAAGAGCUCGCGCGCGAGCGCAACAAGACGGCGCUGCCCAAGGUUGCCCAGAACGAGUGGGGUCUCCGGCUGCCCAGCGAGCGCUUCGUGCUGAGCGGUGUUAGCUGGGGGCUUAAAGAUGUAUGGGAGGAGGCGGGCAUCGAUGAGGACGAGGACGAGGACAGCGAGGACGGCGCCGCCGCGGCUGGUGGUGACAGUGCCAUGGAGGGCGUGGAGGCGACGAACGCGACGGCCGAUGAGGACAUUGGCGGUGACGGCGUUGAAGGCGGCACGAUGGAGGACGUGUUCGGCAAGGACGUUGACGAGGACGCAGAGAUGGAGGGCACGUCUUAGAAGGGCAGUGCUACGUCCAUAUACCGUUCGGGGCCCAUGGUCCAGCGGAAGUGGUGGUAGUAAGGUGGGUAGAGGCCGUCUAGCUGUGCUUGAGCUAGAAAAUGUAUCAUCUGCGGCCAUCCAAGAACAAGUGGGGAAAGGGAAAGGAAGGACGUUCCGGAGUUUUUUAUUCAGGGAGGUUCACGGGAACGAACUCUUUGGUCUUCUCUAGUUUGGCUGAUGAGCCGUGAGGCCCACCAAGCCAUCGAUUUGGCCAAACCUCUACAAACUUCGCAAUGAAGUACAAUCGGAAAUACCAUUGAGAUGUUUCGCAAGUACAGGGGCCUCACAUAAUCUAGAGUUGAGUCAUGUAAUGUCUCUAUUACAAGGCCACUACAAUAUGAAGCACCA